AUGGCCUCUCAGGGUUAUUACCAGCAACAACCGCCACCUCCUCAGCAAGCCUACGGUGGCUAUCCGCAGGGCUAUCCACCGCAGGAAGGAUAUCCCCCUCCAGGCCCUCCUCCGAUGCAAUAUCAACAGCCCCCUCCUCAAGCAGUCCCCAAGGAUAAGGACCGCGGAUGCUUGAUGGCUUGGUUUUUUAAAUCCUGCUUGGUUGCGGAGCUGUGA